GUGCAGACAUUGUGUAGGGGGCUUUAGAAGUUCCAACAGAGCCAUGUGAAGGGGAAAAAAAUAUUCUCUCACUACAGUCCUGCAGCGGCCAACAGUCCCACCUGAGAAGCUCAGUGGGAGGUAGCCUGCGUGAUGCCUCCCUAGUGCGUUCAUCCUUUCAGCGUCCGCGCCGUGCGUCGCCUUUUGGAACCGGUAAUGCGGAGCGCAUUUGGGUAACCGUAAAGCGCACCGAUGGAUACAGCCGGCGCAUUUUGAAGCGGUUUAAAACACACUGCAGACGAGGGGGGGAAACGGAGAAGGGGCGUGGACGAGCGGCGCCGGGGUGGAUGAUAACCCGUUAGUCAUUUCCCCAUCACCGCGUGUGUCGCAACAACCACGCGAGGCUCGCAUUGACGAAAAGGCAAACGGCAGAUGGAAGAAGCGCGCAGACGUGAUCGCUGCCCUUUGGUGAACUGCCGCUCGCGUCCGGUCAUGUAAGAGAAAAGCAGGCAUGUAAGAAUUGAGUCGUCGGUGCGCAACAACGAAGGCUGCUCCACACACACGGACGGGAGUUUAAAGGCUUGUUGAGGAUACCUGCUGGAUGUUUUUUCGAUGUGGCACCCUCAGAUUAACGCAUUCUAAUUCUUCUUCUUCUUCUGGGAAAUGGAGAACGCGGCGACCUGAAGAGAAGAGAUAAAUACUGGUGUGUCCUCGAACUUUCUCCAGGUACCGAUGCAUUGGAACCUACUCGCUGGCUACACCGCGGGGGGGCUUUAACCAGGGAGGGAAAUAGAAAUAAGCCUUCUCGAAUACCGCACUGGGUUGUGAGGUGAAAUCUAAUCAGACUCAGCUGGGUUGAUGACUAAGAAGUAAUAGGCACUUGAAGAAAAGUUACGUUUGAAAACGAGGUCAAAAAACGAAGUGAAAAUGACCAUUAAGAGCCUCCCCGUACUGGGAGAGGUUACUUUUUUAAACAUUUAAUUUAGAUCUUAGCUGCAUUAAUACUGACCACAUCGCGAGAGUACUUUCAACAAUGGCACUUGUGGGUGUCUCCGUGUGGUGUGCCAACUGAGGGGGGGGCAGGAAAUAUCGGAUGAAUUAUCGCCGCAUGUCCAUCCAGAGUGAUGUGUGGAUUACCACGUCGUCUUGAGAGAGGGGACACAAUGUCAAGAAAAUAUCAUCACGUUGCCGACCAAAUACUCUGAGAAUUGCGGAUGUUUUUUUUUUUUUUUUUUUUUUCUCGAGGCAGUUUUUGGGAGCAGGAAGCGGGGAAAGGACCGAUAUCCGCCCGAGUGAGAGAUUCUGCGGACAAAUGCUCCUUUGUGAACAAGGACAGCUUUACAGUGCAUCAAAGGGAUGACCAGAACACCUUGGAACUGUGAUUAAAUUGCCAGUCACAUACGUGCCUUUGAGGAACUGAGAGUUGCAAUCAGACGUACCCAGAUUUCUUGACUCGAAGGAUUGCGAGGCCAAAUCCUCAUUCCAAAGAGUGCAAAACCAGUCAAUGAAUUAUGAAUGUUAAACAAGAUGACCUCCUCUCAGCAGCAGCAGAUGAUGCGAGGUCCUAGGUGGAACCGGGCCUUGUCCGACCCUUUUUUUGUGCUGCUUCUGGCCCUCCAGCUGCUGGUGGUGGCAGGGCUGGUGCGUGCGCAGACAUGCCCCUCUGUCUGCUCCUGUAGCAACCAGUUCAGCAAAGUCAUCUGCACCCGGCGAGGCCUGCGAGAUGUCCCUGAUGGCAUUUCUACCAACACCCGAUACCUGAACCUGCAAGAAAACCUAAUUCAGGUGAUAAAGGUGGACAGUUUCAAGCACUUAAGACAUCUGGAGAUUCUCCAGCUGAGCAAAAACCACAUACGCAAAAUUGAGUUGGGGGCCUUUAAUGGACUGGCCAGCCUCAAUACCUUGGAGCUUUUUGAUAACCGCCUCACCACUAUCCCCAACGGGGCAUUUGAGUACCUGUCCAAACUAAAGGAGCUUUGGCUGAGGAAUAACCCCGUAGAGAGCAUUCCCUCCUAUGCUUUCAACAGAGUGCCCUCAUUACGCCGGUUGGACCUUGGGGAGCUCAAACGGCUCUCCUACAUAUCUGAGGGUGCCUUUGAAGGGCUGAGCAAUCUGCGCUACCUAAAUCUGGGAAUGUGUAAUCUGAAGGAAAUUCCCAAUCUCAUUCCCCUAGUGAGGCUGGAUGAACUGGAGAUGUCAGGGAACCAGCUCGCAGUUAUCCGACCUGGCUCUUUUAAGGGGCUCAUCCAUUUGCAGAAGCUAUGGAUGAUGCAUGCUCAAAUCCAGACAAUAGAAAGGAACUCUUUUGAUGACCUGCAGUCACUAGUGGAGCUCAAUCUAGCCCAUAACAAUCUUACCCUUUUGCCCCAUGAUCUCUUCACUCCUUUACAUCACCUGGAGAGGGUACACUUGCACCACAACCCGUGGAAUUGUAACUGUGACAUCCUCUGGCUCAGCUGGUGGCUGAAGGAGAUGGUACCAGCUAACACCAGCUGCUGUGCCCGUUGCAGCUCACCAACCCACCACAAAGGACGAUACAUUGGCGAGCUGGACCAGAACCACUUUCACUGUUAUGCUCCUGUUAUUGUGGAGCCUCCUGCAGAUCUAAAUGUGACAGAAGGAAGCGCUGCAGAGUUGAAAUGCAGAGCCAGCUCUUUGACGUCGGUAAGCUGGAUUACACCCAAUGGUUCCAUCAUGACACACGGAGCUUACAAAAUCAGAAUAUCUGUGCUUACCGAUGGCACCCUGAACUUUACCAACGUUACCAUGCAGGACACCGGCACAUACACGUGUAUGGUCAGUAAUUCUGCAGGAAACACAACAGCAUCUGCCACGCUCAAUGUGUCCUCCACUGAGAACAGCAGCUUCAGCUACUUCACCACAGUGACAGUGGAGACAAUAGAAUCACCACACAAUGAAGCCUUCACCAUUGCUGUGCAACAGAAGGUGGGGCCCACCCCUUCAGCUGGUACAUGGGAGUCUGUUUCGCCAACCUCUACAACAACCACAACAGUCCGGACUCCCCUCUACACCCGCACCACAGAGAAGACUUACACAGUCCCAGUCACAGAACUGGUUGGGAAUGGUCCACUGAAUGGUUUGGAUGAGGUCAUGAAGACAACCAAGAUCAUCAUUGGCUGUUUUGUUGCAAUCACACUCAUGGCAGCAGUCAUGUUGAUCAUCUUUUACAAGAUGCGUAAACAGCACCACCAGCAGAACCACCAUGCACCCACACGCACCAUUGAGAUCAUCAAUGUGGACGAGGACUGUGUAACUGGGGGCCAGGGCAUGGAAGGGCACCUGACCCUGCCUCCUCUUGAGCAUGAGCACCUCAACCACUACAACGCCUACAAGACUGCAUACAAUCAUGUCUCCACUAUCAACUCUCUACACAGUUCAGCCCACGAACCUUUGUUAAUUCGGGCCAGCUCAAAAGACAAUGUACAGGAGACCCAAAUCUAAUUCAUUUGUUUGUUUUUUUCAAAAUGUGACAUUUAACUAAUGGAAUGACAUGAAGUCAUUAGUGACGGGACAUAACAGACUAUUUGGUUUUGAGAACUAUGGCUCAAAAACGGAGGAACAGAAUUUUGGCAAAUUUGUGGCUGGUGAUGUUUAUUCAAUGACUUUAGGAAUUAGGGUAAAAAAAAGUGUCUUUACAUAACAGAAGUUAUUUAUUUAAGAAAAAAGCUAUUGUGGUUAAAUCAAGAAAAAAAGUUUAUUCUGCAUUUAUUUUUUCAGCACUGAUUUUUUUUCUUCUCCUUCCUCUCAUUUCAAGAGAUUGGAUUAUUUUCAAACUCAGUUUGAACACAUGUUGGGGAAAACCUACUGAAAAAAAAAAAAUCAUUCAUCAUGUUGUUUCUGGAUAAACUGCAACCUUUGAAUCAGACUUAAUUUCCCCUAUCUAUCAGAGCACAUUAGUGAUUUUCUCCAGCUCUGGAUAAAGUGAUGAAAUCUUCAUCACUGAGAUUAGUUGGAAGAUACAUCCAUGUUCAAUAUCUCACAGAGAGUGACGUAAAUGUCAGAAUUUGAUCAUAAUUCAUUAUUUAAUCAUAUCUGUCAGAUACACUUUAAGCACGCUCUGUUUUGCAAUCAAAAGACUGAGGAUCGUGGGGAAUAUGUCCUUUUGUUCUGCUGUUGUAAAAAUAGACGCUCGGCAUUAGAAGCGCAUUUAAGUUAAAUUCACUUAUGUUGAUUAACUAUGAAAAGUCUCACAUUUGUUUUUGUGUUUCUGAUGAAUAUGCAAAAUGUUAUCCCCAAUCUCCUCUUUUCUGACUCAAGUUACCAGCUUCUCGUGGAUGUAUUCUAACCAUUAUAGAGAACGUUCCAUUAAAAGACCAAUUUGGAUUCAGAGGGACAUGAUACAGGAACAGCAUUAAUUGGUACUUUAGAAUCUGCAUAAUUGUGAAUAAAAAUGUAGGAGAGUCUUGUGAAGAAUGUAGAUGAUCUUAAAUUAUGGCAAAAUUUCACUGCCUCGAAAUGUUUUCAAUGUAUCAUGACCUCACUUUUACAUAACAGGGCUUUGUAGUGUGGCGUUUAAAAGGAGACUGCUUUCAAGGCAUCUAUUUCAUGCUGGGACCCCUUACCUCAUCUGCUAUACUGCAGGACUGAGUGCUGUCAGAAGCAGACUGAUGAGCAGACGAAAGAGCUUAAACCCUUUAUACAGCUGCCUGAGCACAUUGCCUGUCAUCUGUGUGCCACACUUUCACAUGGGCAGUGCCUGGCACCUCCAGAUUCACACCCUGCCCCUGCCAACCACAGGACUUGGCCCCGAGCAGCAGGGAUUAUGCUGUGAGAGGCUUUAGGAGUGAAUGUGUGGGAUUGGGCAUCAACCAGAUGUUUGGGUUGCACCUGCGUCUAUCCCUCUCCCUUUGAAACGACGCAAUUUCCAUUUUAAUUGAUGUGCUCAUAGCUUUUGGAUGAACGCAGCUCUGCACGCAGCCAUACACUGGAAACCAUUUCGAAGUCCCCGUUGUGAAAAUGGCAGCGGGCAACAUCAAUUCAGAGGUUAGGCAGACAUUUGUCAGAUUCAACACUUACAUAGCGGGCCCCCAAGAAUAUUUUUAUGAGAUACCUGCAGUCUUUUCUCCACUUACAUGAAAAUAUAUAUAUGAAAGUUAGGCCACUUUCUUGCUUUAGUCAAUAAGGACAUGUAUAAAAGACAAUGGCUCAUUAAAAAAUACGGUUACAGAUAGUAGCAUGCGCUUUUUUUGGAGCCACCAUUCACUCCUCUAAACUUGAAGCCCAAAUUUCACGAUUCAUAUGCUCCUCAAUAGACUUAAAAAGGUAUAUUUAUGAGAAGUAUAUGGCUUUUUUUUUUCAAAGAUCCAAUACUAGUUUCAUCUUGGGUUAAUGGUUGGAUUUUACUCCUGUUAAAUAAUCCAUAUCUCUACUGUCCACGUGCAUGCUCCUGUUUUUCUAAACUUUAAUUUUACAGUUUGGUUUAAACAAAAACACUUUCAAGCUCAUCGGGUGUCCAUUUAGGUAGAGCCUAUUAUAGCACUCAUCCUGUCCUUUAUCUGGCUAAAUUCACUCUGAACUACAUUUGCUAGCCCCUGAACAUUCUUAAAGAAAGCAGAGUAGCUGGAUACGUUUUACGGGAGUUCACUUCCCACAUUUCAGAAUAAAGACAAACAAUAAACUACUUACAGCCACCAUUGAAGCCAAUACUAGAUGGAGUGUUUUAUCCUCGAAAAAGAUGUGUGAAAAAAUAAGCUGCUUCCGAUAACUUGAUGUCUCAAUUAUGGAAAAAAAAGGAAAAUAAAUGAGCUAGAAAUAUAAGAACGAUAGUUAAUUCUGGAGUUGUUUAGUAAACUAGUUUAAUUCCACUUUGAAUUCUUAGUCCCCAGAUCUUUUUAGUCCAGCCAGAGGGAUAUAUUGCUAUCAUUAUUUUUUUUGUCACCCCUUGACACAACGUAUCCCACAAUUGCACUUCUGUAGAAUGAGAUGGGUUUCUAUCAUUUUUCUGUGUUUCAGUUGCUAAUGGUUGGAUAAUCACAGUUGUACUCAGUUUACUUGAGACUUCAACCAUUCUCCCUUUUGCCUUUUGUUGGAGGUAAAUUGUCUGAAAAUUUACAUGGUCAAUUUGUUGCAUUUUAGUCAAGCUGUCUCAUGUAUGUAAGAUAUCUAAAUAUUUUGUCAAUUUUCCUUUUUUUUUUACAUGUUUUCUCAGAGGGAAUGCUGUUUUAGUGGUAGAUUUAUAUAAAAAUACAUUUUUAGAAUAAAAUAAAACAAAAAAAUGGAUACAUAAUGAUUUUACUUGUGCCAACAACCUGUUCUAAAACUGAAAAAGAGAAACAUGCUGUAAAAGAGUAAGAGUUGAUUUUCAUGUUAGCAUUCUUUCAAGACCUUUAAAAAGAUAUGGAGAUUGAUUAUAGAGACCAGAGUUUGUAGUUACACAAAAUAUGGUUAAAUAAACUAUUGUUGUUUUUCUG